UAGAAGAACAAGUCACGUGUUGUGUGUACGGUAGUGUGUACGCCAGUUAUAACCUUGACUGCUGACUGUUAUAUGUAUUCGUUUAUGGGUUUUCAGAACUGUAACGAGAAUGUUACAGAUGAAAAAUCGUAUGAAAUAUUGCUCUGUCGCAAUCGCUGCGAACAGACUGGUUUCAGGACCGGUGAAGAACCCUAUUGUCUUUAUGGACAUAGCAGCUGACGGCGAGUUCAUUGGAAGAAUUAUUAUUGAGCUUUAUGCUGAUGUUGUACCCAAAACAGCUGCAAAUUUCCGGGCCCUUUGUACAGGAGAGCAUAGCUUUGGAUACAAGGGCUCAGUUUUUCAUAGAAUCAUCCCUGAGUUCAUGUGUCAGGGUGGAGAUUUCACUAAUCAUAACGGCACUGGUGGAAAGUCUAUUUAUGGAAAGAAAUUUAACGAUGAGAAUUUCAAGCUGAAACACACAGGGCCAGGUGUCCUGUCUAUGGCGAACUCUGGGCCAAACACAAAUGGAUCCCAGUUUUUCAUCUGCACUGCAAAAACAGAAUGGCUCGAUGGCAAGCAUGUUGUUUUCGGGCAGGUCAAGGAGGGAAUGGAGACAGUCUCAGUAAUGGAGUCCUUCGGCCUACAUGAUGGAGGAACUGUGAAGAAGAUUGUCAUCACAGACUGUGGAGAACUCAAGUAACCAUGAUGUGCAUUCAUUUCAAUGUGGUCACAACAAAACUGCUUAUGCAUGUAUUUUAUUAUUAUUAAUAUAUUUUUUUUACGUUUGUUACAAAAGUACCUAUUGCCAUUGUGUCAGUCCAUUAAGGUGUUUUAUGCUUACUAAGUAAGCAAAUGACUCCGCAAGUAUGGUAAAUACUUAACCCUACACAACUAAUCUUGCGCAUGCCAUGGUCAAACGCCAUGGGCUGUAAGGAAAUUUAUACUGUUAAAGCCUCUUUUUUCGUCGGGUUUUGAAAUUAGGAUAAAAGCUAUACAGAGAUUGUUUACCUUCUAAGAACCAUGCCAGAGAAACCCCGGGAGGUUUUUUAAAUAAAUAAAUUACACAUGAAACUGG